AAGGCCAAGCCAGAGAGAAGACAUUAAAGGGUCAUCAUCGGGACUCUGAUAUAACUGUGAGGACUGUUUCAUGAGCCAGAACUGCAGAAGUGUUCAAACACUUCUAAAUAAAUACAUUAAAAAUAAUCCAAAAUAAAUAAUAAUAAUAAUAAUAAGUGAAAGGACUGAUAAAAUGUGAAUAAAUUAAAUAUACACUUAUCCAACCAAACACUUCUGAAAAGUGACUCUAAGGUGAUUUUACAAUGCAUUGGAUUUAACACUGUGAUUAAACUCGAUGUGAAUAUAAUAUAGCAUUUCUCGACAUAGCGAGUAUACAAAACGGUCAACUUACCUGUUUGCCAUAACGUGUAUUUACUUAUUAUUAAAGAUUAAGUUAUUUUAACAGUUUGUGUUGUCUUAUUUUCAUCUUUAAGACAACUGUCUGUGGCAACCCACAUGAAGAAUACUAUAGUAAUUUAAUAAUACUAGUUAUAUUAUAGUAUUUACAACAUUUUGUUAAUGAAUGCUGUAGUAUUAACUAUAGUGAACUGAUAAACUGUAAUAAACACUGUAGUAUACUUUAGUUUAACUAGUCCAUUGUAGUAUAAUAUACCCCAUAGUUGUAGAAAACUUGGGUAAAGUAGUUUGUUUAUAUUACUAUGGGCUAGUUGUUAUAUUACCACAGCAACUAGAAUUACCACAACAAAUUAAUUCAAGUUCUUUACUAUAGUAUGGUUUAAAAACACUAUAGUAUUUCAUGUGGGGUAGCCUAAUAUUUCGCGUCACGAAAGGACAAAUAGCCUAAAUGCAUCUUAAACAACACGAACACAAAGAGACUAGCACUUACUUGUAGCCUAAGCGUUUAUAUGUCUUCGUGACCCACUUUUAAACGAACCUGUCAACUUUGACUCGUUUUAACGGCUGUUGUAUGUUAGUCCUCAGAGAUCAGAUCAGCUCUGCGCGCGCUUCCCGCCCUGUGUGUCACGUGAGCGCCGCGCUUUUAUUGGAUUAACGUCGGUUAAUCCGCGCGCGCCAGCCGCUGUCUCGCGUCUCCGCGGGAUCUUUGUGCAGGAGGACGCUCAAUGUUUUGAACGCAGACUCUCCGGUGUCCAGAAGAUCAUGACGGAGGAGCACGCGACAGGUGGUACAUGCCUGUCCCGAUCAGACUGCAGGAUGACUGUAGGAGCAGAGGGCGGGGCUGAUGUCACAAAGGAGGUGUGGCCUGCACAACCACGCCCUUUAUCACAUGACCGGGUCACACUAGUAGUGGACGGGACUCAUUUUGUGGUGGAUCCUGCAGUAUUCACAGUUUACCCGGAUACGGUGCUUGGGAGAAUGUUCGGUCGAGCACGUCAGCACAGUUUCACGCGACCAAACGCUAAAGGAGAAUAUGAAAUCGCAGAAGGCAUCGGUGCCAGUAUCUUCAGAGUAAUACUGGAUUAUUACCGCGUUGGCGUGCUGCACUGUCCGGAGGGCUUGUCUUUGGCAGAACUGCGCGAAGCGUGCGAUUAUCUGUGUAUAAACUUCGACUACAGCACCGUCAGAUGCCGAGACCUCAGUGCUCUCCUGCACGAGCUGUCCAAUGACGGCGCCCGACGGCAGUUCGAGGCGUUCCUGGAGGAGCUGUUGCUUCCGGCGAUGGUUGCGAGCGCUCAGGAAGGAGAACGAGAAUGCCACAUCGUGGUCCUCACGGACGACGAUAACGUAGACUGGGAUCACGACAACCCUCCCCCGAUGGGAGAGGAAAACUCGCAAAUCCUCUACAGCACCAAACUCUACCGUUUCUUCAAGUUCAUCGAGAACAGAGACGUCGCGAAAGCUCUGCUGAAGGAGCGAGGCCUGAAAAACAUUCGCAUCGGGAUCGAGGGAUACCCCACCUGUAAGGAGAAGGUGAAGCGGCGUCCAGGUGGGAAAUCCGAGGUCAUCUACAGCUACGUCCAGCGUCCCUUCAUCCAGCUGUCCUGGGAGAAAGAGGAAGGGAAGAGCAGACACGUGGACUUCCAGUGCGUCCGCAGCAGGAGCGUCCCGAACCUCAUCACCGCCAUGGGGGAGGGGCCUACGCGGGCCGGGGUCACGCCCACUCCACAGGUCGACGAGUUAGAUCGGCUGAACGGCCCCGCCCCUUCUGGCCUCGACCAAUGACUGAUGGAUUAAACCGUUGGAGCUGGAAACACUGACUGGACAAUAAUACAACUCAUUCAUAUUCAUUAUUUGCUCAUUAAUAUUCAGCCACUCAUUUCAUAUUCAUAUAAUAGACAGUUCAUAUUGAUUUGUUCGAAUUUCGACUUUGAAUUUAAUCCAUAUCACUGAUUCAGUCUCAUGAAUAGAUGACCUUUGAACUUAAAAGUACUUGAGAUCUUUUCACCAUUGUGUCCUUGAGCAAGUUCUUGCCAUUACUGCAUAUUGCAUUUGGCUUUGGAUAAAACAAUAUUUGUUAAUCAAUAACCAAUUAAUCAAAAACCAAUCACUUUUUUAGGGCUUUAGAUUAUUGAAGAUCAGAUGCAUUCAUUUUAGUGAAGAUUUUCUGUCUGUCGGCGCCAUCUAGUGUCAAGGAGCAAAGUGAUGGAUAGAAAAUAGUGUAAAUAUUAUUUAUUAAAAACACUUUUUAAGCGUUUUCCUUUGUUUUAUAUAAUUUAUAAGUGGUUUUCAAUAAAAGCAUCUGCACAAAAGUUUGGAAUAAUUUAGCUUUUUAAAUGUUUUUCUCCUGUGUUUUGUUUUUCUGCUCACCAAGGCUGCAUUUCUUGGAUCAAAGAAUACAAUAAAAUUGUGAAAUAUUAUUACAAUGUAAAACAGCUGUUUUUGAUGUGAAUAUGUUGUAAACUGUAAUUUAUUUCUGUGAUGUGCAGCUGUAUUUUCAGCAUCAUUACUGCAGUCUUCAGUGUCACAUGAUGCUUCAGAAAUCAUUCUAAUAUGCUGAUUUGCUGUACGUUUUUCAAAAACAUGAAUAAAAUCAUAACUA